AUGGAUAACCAACAAUCAAAGAAUGACUCCGCCAGGGAGUCUUCGCUCCUGUUGAAGCUUCUCUAUUGGCACAAGCUCUUCGAAUCGGAUACUCCUCCUCGGCUCGGCAUCGAUGUCGACCGACGCAUACCCUACGCUUUCAUGUCCGCAUUCACAACUGGAAUGGCCCUGGGAUACUAUCACGGAAGCAAGAAAGCUGGCCUCGUGUUCCGCGCCGAAAAUGCCCAUCGGUUCCCAACGACUUCGUCCGGAUGGUUCCAAUACCACAAGACCAAGAACUACAUCUCAGUGGUGGGCGGAGUGAAGGAUGGGUUUAAGAUGGGAUCGAAGCUAGGAGCUGGUGCACUUGCAUUCUGCUUCUUUGAAGAGACGGUGGACUAUGCUCGACAUGACGAGCGGGACUUUUUGUCAACCGUCACGGCCGGAUUGUCCUGCUCGGGAAUCUACAGUCUGCUAGCCCGCCACGAUGUCUACACAGCUGCGCGAACUGCCAAGCUUGGCUUGAAGAUGAGCUUAGUCUACGGGCUGUUGCAAGACACCUUGGAAACCAUGAAGGGCAAUCGCCCGGCCUAUAUCGGUUUCAUCACGGGAAAUCGACGAUCCAAGCAUGCCAACGAGGGCUCGAUCUGA